CUUUUUAAUUCUUCCGACGCAUAUAACGUUCAAAACAUGCCGCUCCAGCAUGUUUGGAGAAGACAAGAAUGGAAGAGCACUCGAACCAAGUCCUGAAGCAAAGCAUUGCUUUGAAUAAUUGGAAAAGACGCAAUACUCCCAAGGAGGAGGACCAACAGCAGAGUUGAUGAGGCCAUGGCUACAGCCUCACUCUACUCUCCUCUCAGAGGUAAUCUGCUAUUAAAGAAUACAAACAAGAGCACCCAGUGUUCUUCCAAUACGAUGCGGGCUUCGUCCAAAUAUGGGGUCAACCACGGUGCUCAUCAAUAUUACAGCCCACAUAAAACCCUGUUCAAUCACUGUAGUUUUAUCCGGGGGAAAAAGGGUUGUGGGUUAGCUCUCUCAAGGCCAAAUCCUGCAAAAACAAAGGUUUCUCUAGGGAGGACUAGUUUGCAGUUGUCUGCUUUUAGUGGGCGUAAGCCAUUAUCCAUCGAUAGAGAAUUAGGAAAUGGAGACAAAGGAUUCAAACGAUGUAAUCAUGUCUGCAGUGGAAAUGAUUCAGCAUCAGUCAAUGCAUCUGUUUCUCUUUCAGAACAAAGGGACUGUUUGAAUUCUGAAGAAGAAGAGUUACCCGAUAGAGUUUUGAAAGGAUGGACACCACCAAGAUAUGUGUGGAGAGCGUUGUCUGCUUGGGUGAUAGCAGGACAGGUCAUUGCCAGGGUUAUGAGGGGCAGAUUACAUGUGAGAAAUUGCUUGCAGCAGCUUGAGGUAGUGGGCCCGGGUUCUAUUGGUGUCUGCUUGUUGACAGCCGCAUUUGUGGGGAUGGCUUUUACAAUUCAAUUUGUUAGGGAAUUUACAAAGCUUGGGCUAACAAGAUCAGUUGGGGGUGUGCUGGCACUGGCGUUGUCAAGAGAACUGAGCCCAGUUGUUACAUCUAUCAUCAUUGCCGGCCGUGUCGGCAGUGCUUUUGCUGCAGAGUUAGGAACCAUGCAGGUGUCUGAACAGACCGAUACUUUGAGGGUGCUGGGAACAGAUCCUGUCGAUUACCUUGUGAUUCCCCGCGUAUUUGCUUGCUGUGUGGCAUUGCCAGUCUUAACUUUAAUCUGCUUCACUGUGGCUAUGGCAGCCAGUGUUCUGAUAGCUGAUGGAGUUUACAAUGUUAGUGCUAAUAUUAUCUUGGAUUCUGCAAGAAGGGCUCUCGAGCCAUGGGACAUAGUUAGUGCAAUGAUCAAAUCCAUGGUGUUUGGUGGGUUUAUAUCUGUCGUGAGUUGUGCAUGGGGUGUCACAACGCUUGGAGGGGCAAAAGGGGUAGGAGAGUCUACAACUUCUGCGGUUGUAAUCUCCCUAGUUUGUGUCUUUAUUGCUGAUUUUGUGCUUUCGUGGUUAUUUUUCCAAGGUGCAGGGGAUGCUCUUAAGGCUGCUAUGGGAUAGUGUCUGUAUUAGCAUUGUUCUUGCUUCCCAUAAGAUUUGCAGGUGGAAAAUGUUAUUCAUAUGCUCAAGUUUAUCCAGAAGAUGCAUUCAUUGAUAAGAUGCAGGUUGAAAAUUGUUUGUCACAAUAACAACAUAUGCAGCAAGGCCAGCAGCUAUACUGCUAUAGGACUUGAUUUUGACCAUUGAGAAACAUGUAACUACUUUCGAACUUUGUAAUAUUGAUUGGAUGUUUAUCCAUAAUGAUUAUUUGAAUUUUGAAUAACUCUGCAGCAAAUCGAUUUUCCAAUAGUUGCAGGGAAAAGAA